AUGGAUUACCGCAUCGGCACCGUCGAGGCGAGGCUCCGUCUGGCCCACCGGAAGAGGCCAAAGGUUAAGUCAGCUUCCAGGUAAGCGAACGUUAUUCUGCUGCCUUUGCUUUGCGUGUUCAUUUUUGCCUGCACUCCGUCUUCUUGUUUGUGUUUGUCCUUGUUGGAAGCUAAAUGCUAUUAUGCUGGAUUUCCUCUGUUGGUUUCGCUUUUUGCUGUUCUUGCCUGCUCACUUUUUUCUGCCUGUUGGAGUCUGUCCUUACUGUAAGUUAAAUGCCGUUCUGCUGAUUGUGUCUGCUCACCGCUUAUAUUUUAGUAACCAGUUAACCUAGAGAAUGACUGGAAAGCUCUGCAUCCCGUCUGUCUGCACUUCCCCACCUCCUUUUUAGGCAACUGCAAUGCCAUAGGCAGUUCCGGACUAACUCGAAGCGCUCUCUCACUAUACAAAGGCCGUGUCCCAUAAUGGAGUUCUUCAGCCGCCUAAGACAACUGAGCAGCCCGAUAGAGGUAGGGCACUGCUCAACUCCGCAAGUGACUAUAAAAUUUGUGGACGCAGACGCAAAAAACACCAUCGGAACCGUGAAAAUCAAAAUAACAAUUCAUACUCCCUCUCCAGCUCCGCCGCCCCACUCGCUAGACUGGUGGGUGAUUCCGCUCACUCUGGCAACCUGGAAUGUUCGUUAGCUUUUAGACAAUCCGAGGCCCAAUUGACCGGAACGGAGGACGGCGCUAGUGGCCUGGGAACUGGCACGCUACAAGGUGGACUUCGCCGCACUCAGCGAGACUCGAUUCUCCGAACAAGGUCAACCGGAGUAGGUGGGUGCCGGCUACACCUUCUUCUGGAGCGGUCGCCCCAGGGCAGAGAGACGGGACACGGUUGUCGCCUUUGCCAUCCGGAACGACAUCGUUGGGCAACUGCCCUGUUUGCCGCUCGUCAUCAACAAUCGCCUGAUGAGCCUCCGUCUGCCUCUCCGGCGGGGGGCCCAUUCGCCACCAUCAUCAGCGUCUACGCUCCAACGAUGACCAGCACCGACGCCGCAAGAGAAAAAUUAUACGAGGACCUGCACGCCCUCUUGGCGACUGUGUCGAAGGCGGAUAAGUUGAUUGUCCUUGAUGACUUCAACGCCGCGUCGGCACGAACCAUGAUGCCUGGAGAGGAGUCCGAAGUCACCAUGGUCUCCGCGGCUCAAAAGAAAAUGGCCUGCUCCUUCUCCGCACCUGCGCAGAACACCGACUCGUCCUGA